AUGGCGCAUCAAAAACACGUCGCGGAGGUGCCACGGAGCAUCCUCCCUCGUCUUACCUGGAAUAGUUCAUCAUCCCGACCCUCCGUCACCUCCUCCCACCAUGCCGUCCUAGCAACAAGGCAACGGCAACAAUAUCUCCAAGGCUGGAGCCCUCUCAAUCGUCAAAUACACUCUCUAAGCACAUCCUACCGAUCCUCUCGGGCCAUUUCCACCUCUAUCCGCGCUCCUCACUCUUCCCCUACCGUUUCCCGAUAUACCUCCAGACUUCUCGCGAAACGCUCGUCCUCAUCCGCAGAACCCCUCGGAAAUCCCAUCCGUCACAAUGGCGUCUACGUCGCAACGUACCGACCUGCUCAGCGCGCUUUCCAUGCGACCCCUGCCCGGCAGCGCGAUCACCACUUUGAUACUCUGAAGUUUGUGAAGAGGCUGCAGGCCGAGGGAUUUAGUGAGGAACAGGCCGUCGCUAUGAUGCGGGUGUUGAAUGAUAUCAUCCAAGAAUCUAUUCAAAAUUUGACUCGCACUAUGGUUCUCCGGGAAGACUCAGAAAGAUCAACCUAUACCCAGAAAGUCGACUUCGCCAAACUGCGCUCCGAACUCCUAAAUGCCGAUUCAACCGAGGCACAGCUCACACGCUCAUCGCAUGAGAAAAUCGCCGCUGAUCUGGCCAAGUUGAAUUCCCGCCUGCGGGACGAGAUCGGUCGAACACAGGCUUCCGUUCGGUUGGAUUUGAAUCUCGAAAAGGGUCGGAUCCGCGAGGAAGCGAAUGGUCAGGAGAUGCGAAUUAAGGAGACUGAGACUCGGAUUGAGCAGGAGGUUGCUGGUUUGAGAGAGCGGGUUGAGGCUGUUAAGUUCUCGACUCUGCAAUGGCUAAUGGGUGUCUGCACUGGUACUGCUGCUGUUAUGCUUGGUGCCUGGCGCCUGUUUAUGUAA